AUGGGCGCAUCGCAAUCCACAGGCGGCGGCGAUGAUGCGUCCAACAAUGCCGAAGUCAAGACAAGUUACUACGAGCUGCUUUCCAUAGAACGUAACGCUUCGGAAGAAGAAAUCAAGAAGGCAUAUCGCCGCAAAGCCCUCGAACUCCAUCCAGACCGCAACUACGGCGACGUCGAACGCACGACCGCCCUCUUCGCCGAGAUCCAAUCCGCAUACCAAGUCCUCUCUGACCCCCAAGAACGCGCCUGGUACGAUGCCCACGAGUACGACAUCCUCCGCGGCAACGAUGGCUCCGGUGAUGGCGGCGACGGUGCGGGUGGAGACUCGGGCCCCAAGUACGAGGGUAACAUGAAGGUCACGACUGCAGAUGAGAUAUCGCGCAUGAUGGGCCGGUUCAGAGGCAAUGUCAAGUUCGACGACUCGCCGAGUGGGUUCUAUGGAUACCUGAACGAAGUUUUUGCUACGUUAGCGAAAGAGGAAGAGUAUGCGUCCAGCUGGGACGGUGGCGAUGUCGCAGAGUAUCCGUCGUUCGGUCACAAGGACGAUGCGUACGACGACGUUGUGAAGGGAUUCUACUCCGCGUGGGCGGGCUUUGCGACGAGGAAAUCCUUCGCGUGGAAGGAUAAAUACAGAGUGUCCGAGGCGCCCGAUCGGAGGGUCAGAAGACUGAUUGAAAAGGAGAACAAGAAAUGUAGAGAUGAUGGCAUAAGAGAGUUCAACGAGGCCGUAAGGACAUUGGUGCAAUUCGUGAGGAAAAGAGACCCGAGAUAUACCCCGAACAGGCAGACGGAGGACGAGCGAGCAAAAGCACAAAGACAAGCCACCCAGGCGCAGGCCGCUAGGGCAAGGGCAGCACACGCCGCGAAGAUGGACGAAGCCGUACCGGAAUGGGCAACGAGGAGAGACUUCGACGACGAAGAGGAGGAGGAGACAGAAGAAGAGAGCGAGCAGGAUCAUUUCGAGUGCGUUGCUUGCAGGAAGACAUUCAAGAGCGAACGCCAAUGGGAGGCACACGAGAAGAGCAAGAAACACCAGAAAGCAGUCUUCGCGCUGAAGAAGCAGAUGCGCAAGGACAAUGCGAACCUAAACCUCGACGAGGACAUCCCCAGCAGCGGGGUCAUCACGCCUGUGGAGGAUGCGAACGGCAAUGCAUCAGAGGGAUUGAAUGACCUCGAUGACUCGGUUGACGACCUCGCAAAGGACGUCAAAAACGCCAAAGUCGAGGACGCCACAGACGAAGAAGAUGCAGGUACUUCGGAAGACGACGACACAGCACCUCAAUCCAGACCAAACCCAUCCGCACAAACACCCUCUACAUCCUCCGAAGCAGAAGAAGACUCAUCAGAAGACGACGAAUACGCCUCUCGUGCUGCUGUCGAAGCGCGUCUCGCACCCUUCGCGAAAUCAGCCUCGUCAUCAACAACAAAACCCUCUCCAGAGAACGAAGAUGACAACAACGACGACAAAGAUGACGAAUCCACAACCGCAGCACCAUCGCAGCCCAAACUCGGAAAAGCCGCCCUGAAACGGCAAAAGAAGGCCGCAAAAGCCGCCGCCGAGACCGCCCCAGAUGCCGCGUCGUCAGGACACAAGUGCGCCUCAUGCGACGCGGCGUUCCCGUCCAAAACCCAACUGUUCGACCACCUGAAGAAGAAUCCAAAGCACGCCGCGCCGCCUUCUGCCGUCAAAGGUGCCUCCGCGGCGGCCGGAGGAGCGGGAGGAGGGAAGAAAGCUGCGGGAAAGGGCAAGAAAAAGAAAUGA